CCGCGUUGGCCAUGGCGCCAGCAUCAAAACCCAACACAUGGGACCCGGUACUGCUCAUAUCCCAGAUUAUCACCAUGCAGAGUCUGCACUACAUCACGCUGAGCAUCCUCAUACCACCGCUGCUCGCCGCCUUCGCUCAGCCGAACGCGCUCGAGUACGAGGGAGGCGCGGCAAACGUAGGCAUGAUUAUGGACUGGCGCGAGAUGGCCGGACAGCCUACAUCCUUCCGGGGUAUCAAGGGCGAAGAGCGGUGGGAGUCGCUCAAAGGCGUCUGGUCCGGCGGACAGCGUAUAGGCACGGGGCAAUGGACGGAAGAGCGGUGGAUGAAGAGGGUCGAUCCCAUGCGAGGAUGGGUGAUCGCGUUCUGCUGGAUGGUGGCCAGCGGCGUAGACAUAUAUUACCUAUACACGCUCAUCCGCCGCCCGCGCCUGAUCCUCGACUUCUCGCUUACGCUCGUGUUCAACCACCUCGUCCUCACGACUUACUACGCCGCCGCUAUACCCACCUCGCUCUUCUUUUGGCUCGUUAUGGCGGCGGGGGCGGCGCUUAUGGUGAUUGUUGCUGAGCAGCUGUGCGUGAAGAGGGAGAUGGCGGAGGGAUUGAGCGUGAACCUCCCGCGCGAGGACGUGGAAAUGGGCAGACUGCUAAACGAGGAAGGGGAAGGGAGUCGAGAUCGAAGACGAGAUUGAGACGGAUGUUUACUAGAGCUAGGAACAAACUGUGGAAUAUUUACCAUCUAAUCACGAAAA